AUGAUAAUGUGUAUUUAUAGAACAAUUCCUUUCACAUUUAUUCCUAUCAUUUCUAGGUAUAUCCACGCUGUUUUAUUCACAAUUAUUUUUGCUACACUCCUGCAGUCAGGAAAUAGUCAAGAAGGAGAUGAUUGGAAUUACCUUGUUUUAUCACUAACUUGGCCACCAACAUUCUGUAGCAAAGUUGAAUGUAAACUGCCACCAAGAAUGAAUGAUUUCAACAUUCAUGGAUUAUGGCCUUCUGUUUGGCCCGGUAGACAACCAACAAAUUGUUCAGCUCAUCCAGCUUUUGAUAUCGAUAAAUUGUGGGAUCUCAGGGGUCAAUUAGACUCUGAAUGGGUGAAUUUGAUGGACUAUCAAAAUCCAAUACCAUUUUGGGAACAUGAAUGGUAUAAACACGGUCAGUGUGCAACAGAAGACACCUUAAUAUCUGAUGAACUUGGCUAUUUUAAUACGUCCUUAGUUUUAAAAGAUAAAAUUGAUUUACUGGACAUACUGAAUUCAUACGGAAUUCAACCAGCUAAUGAUCAGUUAUUAGGAAAUCGAAAAGAAUUUGAAAUUAUGGUAAAUUAUGGUAUCACAUAUCAUAAAUCAACGUUACUCCAUACACUACGCCAUGCCUACAAUGCUCGCGUUUUAAUAACCUGUCAGAAGAAACCGGAAUACGAACGUAGACGUAGACAUAGACAUAGACAUAAUCAAUUGGCGCUAUUGAGUGAAGUUCGUUUUUGUUUCACUCCACAACUUGAAUUAAUUGACUGCCCAAUGCAUGAAGUAGACAACACUAUUCAAUGCCCAAAAUGGAUUGAAUUCCCUGAGUUCAAUUAA